AUGGAUAACGACAUUUCUUUUCCAUUCUCUCUUCCUGGUAUUAAUAGCUCGUUCACAGCCGCUUCAGAUCCUCGGACAAGUAGUCUUCCUGGACUGCCUGGAGAACUGUCUGAAUUGUUGACUGAAAAUUUGGGCGCUCAAGUUGGGGAGAUAGCAACGGAUACUACAGAAAAACCGAACGAUGACGAACACAUAUUUCAAAGAAGCGAGUUCACCUUUUUACCACAAAUUGCGCAAAUACUCGAAUUGAUUGAAUCUGGUAACGAUAAACAGGAGAUAAACAAACUGACGCUCAAGUUAAAAGAAAGUUUUCAGCGAUGUCACCAAAUAUUAGAAGAUCUUCCUGGUGCCGAUUUGUCGCGUGAGGCCCAAGAUGAGCUCCUUGCUGAAGAGAAGGAUAUUCUUCAACAGAAAAAGUAA